AAUCGAUCGAACCUGGCCUAACCCACUGUAUCCAUAACCACUCGAUGGAUCCGCGUCCUGUCUUCGCAUCUUGAUCCCCCGACGCUCCUCCCCACUCCAUCAAGGCAUCUCUUCUCUUUUGCUUCGAUCCAUCCCUUUCCAGGACUAGUCCAUCCAUACCCCUCAUUCCCCAAGGCGCCAUCAGCUCACCCCGCAUAGAUCUACAAUGUCAAAAUACCCAGGCCACCAUGCUACCAGUCAUCCUCGGGGUGCCUUUCCACCAUAUCCGACAGGAUCAGGAGGCGUUCCCGUCGGACCAGGAGGCAUGCCCAUGAACAAUGUUCCCGGGCAAGGUCCUCCGGUGCCGGGUCGCAUGGGAUUUCCAACAGGACGCAAUAUCGUGCCUCCAGGUCUCAACUACCAUGGUGGCGUCAAUUCCGGACCAAGUGGACCAGGAGGUUACGGCGGCGGAUUUUCGAGUGCCUCGGGAAUGCCCUAUGGAAGCAACAACAAUAAUAAUAAUAACAAUCAGAUGCCAUACGGACACGCAUCCCAACACACGACGCCGACUCAUUCGCCGUAUGCCUCCUCGCCCUCAUCAUCGGCAUAUCCAAGCUCGAGCAAAAGUCACUCCCCUUCACCAUUGCGGCGGUACGUCCUGCAACCACCACUAAAACAAAAGAAACUGCACAGGACCAGCGAUCUGGGUUACCCUGGUGUGUUUCCACAGAAGCCAGGACAGGAAGAGGAUCAAAUGACAUCCAAUAAUGUCAAAACGGGAUACAUGGACAAGGGCAUUAUUCAGAAUGAGACGGUCUCUGCCCAGGGAAUCUUGGCCGAUGGACUUCAGGAUCCCAAAAAGCUCCACGAUCUCGGAGCGUUCAUGGUGGAGGUGUUGAAAAAGAGACAAGAAUCCAGCAAAAUCACAGGGCCGAGUACAUUCAGGCCACCCAGUCGCGCCACACUCAACGAUCAAAAGAAGGAACAAUGGAUGGCGGAUCUUUCAGGAACAGUAUCACUGCGUCGACUUUCCAGAAGUGUGCCUCAUGGAUUCAAAUCAGAGAAACUGCUGGAGACCCUGGCUCAGCGACAGGUGCCAAUGAUGCGUGCAACAUGGUACAUCAAGAUCGUGGCGUUGAGUGAGAUGCAGGCCCAGCGGAGUCGACCCUCGUCAACUCAGAACCAGUAUUCAACCGACUGGACUUUGACCGUCAAUAUGUUCCUGAAGAAGCAGCUUCUGGAGAUCAAUCCACACUCAGUCGUCAAACCUGCUGCAUCUGCACUGAACCCCGCUAGUGGCGCCCAGAACGUGAAACCAUGGUCAAGCGAGGAGGCCAAGGAAAAAUGGGAAGCCAAGUGGCGCUACUCAGUGAUGUUGACGAAAUGGCAGUACAACGAGGGGCUAUUGGAUCAUCGGCAUUUCCUGAGAGCCACAGUGGAGCAAUUAUCAUCGCUUGGGUUCGAACAAGUCGCCCUACUGCUGAGCCUGAUAUCCAUGUUUUUAUCCGAGUACGCAAGAUCAAGGCUUUUAAUGAGGUUGUUAAUCGAGGGGCUCUUAAGCACCCUUCAGUCCGUGCAAAGGCAUCCCUCGUACAACCAACCUGUGUUUCGAUAUGCAUACCUUGAGCUGGAACUCAAAAGGAUGCUCCAGUCCAUAUUUUUAUCGACGCCAGAUAUGUUUGUAAUACCCAAGGCAUGGGCGACUCAUUCGACUUUGCUGCAACAGGUGCUUCUCCAUGACAUUCAAUCGGUCUCACACAAGCCGACAGUAUUCCCGAACGUUGAGUCAGUUCUUGAGGCAAACUACAAAAUGAUUCGUGCCAGGGUGCAAGUCUUUACAGAUUUGAAUUCAAGUGGAGCAGACAAUGCAAGCAAGACUGGACGGUUAGGAUCCAACGUCGAUAUUCUUGACAAGGUGGAUCAUACAUCGGAUAUGGAGCAAGUAGCGCACGAGUACUUUGCAGAAGGCACCGAGAGUUACUCGUGUUCAUCAAUACCGCCCUCGCCCUCAAAAUCUGUUUUUUCACCAACAUCGGCGUAUUUCGUACGACCAGAAGCGCCCUCCCCCUCGUCCUCUCAGCGAUUAGAAGGGGCCUGGAGGUCCAGGGUGAAUACACUUUGUGAAUGGGCCAUUACCAACUCUCGCUAUGGACAUCACAGGAUCUACCUUGCCGGAACGCUGCUCGGUAUCUGGCGUGAGAGCCCUGUUCUUUCACCUCGAGUUCCUCUUCACGAGAGAACGUCGAGACUACAGGGAGCAUUACUUGAAUUUUUAGACUCAUUCAAUGGAACACACCUUCAACCAACUCAUCAUCUGGACCUAAACCAUGGCCACCACCAACAACACAGCACCCAUGGAAGCGAAGAUACUUUGGAAGCUAUUGCUCGACUCUUUGGCAACCUUAUCCACGACCGCCUGUUCUCGUAUCAGCAAUACCUGCAGCGACUCAUUGCAAGAGGUGAUCUACAACCGAGCAAGCGUGGUCAGGAGUCGACGUUGAGGCAUUUAAAGUAUUUGCAAUCUUUUCCGCUCCACAAGGACGCACAGGCGCAUCACUUGAACCAGCGUCGAGUUGUGCUCUAUGGAGUCAAUGGCGAGGACGAGUAUGAUCGUGAAUGCUUCGAAACUAUUACAGCGCAGAUCAAAUCAAAGCUGCCACACAUGUUUUCCUCAGAAGCUGCCAAUAUCACUGUUCCGAUUAAGGACUCGCCACAGGACGGCCAAGAAUUGGCGAUACCCUUGUCUGUUCAGUAUAUGGAGCUUAUUCUGUCGGCUAGCAGAUUCUGUCAGCUCCGCGUAACAUCUCAGUGGCUGCUCAACGCUGUCAAAUCGUAUGUGGUCAAGCAUAUUCAGAUUGGAGAGGACAACUGGAGAGUCAUGACCUCGCCAGGAUCGUCACUUCUGAAUGUGAGGCAGUUUGCGACAGUUGUGAAUGUUAUGGAAGUGGCAAGCGAUUUCCAUUCUUUAUACGAUACGUGUAUAUGGCUGUUAGAUCAUACAUCGGACAAGGCUCUGCUGACAUAUGUUGUGAACGUGGCAAAGAAGCAUUGCAUGGUGUGGACAGCCAUGGGCGUCCUCACAAAGUUCUCCCAGGCGAUCCUUGCAAAGCACUAUUCCCUCCAGUCCAAGAAUGUGAUCUACAAAUCACUGCCUCGAUACUUGGCAUUGGAGGCGCAUAACGUUCCAGAGGACAUUCGUGCUCAGAUGGAGGCUGAUCUUGUCACCUCAAAGAUAUCAACCUCGACAGGCGCCACCAUCCCCGCACAGCUUCAGGAGCUUCAGAGCUUGCCCAAGGACCCAUCCCCAACAGCUGUCUCCAAUAUGGCGUCGUCUCUGCAUUUCAAGUACGGUGGACUGGCACAUUGGCCCUUACGUCUUUUUGACGGGUGUAUUGAUGCGCUUCGGAAACUGGACGCCGCAGUGAAGAGCAGUAGUGCAGGAUUGGAUAAUGCGAUGAACGGUACCGGUUUCUCAUCUGCGACUGCGACUCAGGAAAUCGUUCGGAUAUCCAGACUGUAUGCAGAACUCUUGGUUGAAAUGGCGGAACGUGUCGGCAAUGGCUGCAUGAACGAGGUGGUCCUGUCUUGGUUACGCCUUCAUGAUGUCGAUUGGAUGAUAUCAGUCCUGGGAGCAUCAACGCAUGGAGACGAGGAAGCUGGAGAUGAAAGCCAGCCCAUUUGGUUCCUGUCAUUCAUGGUGCAGCUGGUGAUCCAAGGCUUUUGUUCGAUUGAGGUAUUGGUUCAGGAUAUGUGUGGGGCGACACUGACCAAGUUAGCGAGUACAAUACAGCAGCCCUUAUCGCAUAUGGAUACCCAUGGGGAUCAGCUGGACGAGAUGCAACAACAACACCAGCAUCAGAAUGUCCCUGACGAGUCCACGUUGCGUCUUUGCAUGACCAUCGUUGUCUUAUUAAGGUUACUGCUUCUGGAGGACGCUUUUUCGGACCCAAGAGCGAGUCACGCCUAUGGAGCAAGUCAUCAUGGCCUUUCACUCGAGCAUCAUACCCACCGGCUCGGGAUCCAACUGACGAUCGCAGAGAUCCAUGCAUUACAAACUCAGAGAUACUCGCGACUUAUGGCUAUGCAGCAGCAGUUGCGGAACGAGCAGAACUCGGAGUCGGAGGGUAUUUCUUCGUUCACCUCGUCUUUGAUGGAGCAGCAGAUGAUGCUGGUGCAGUUCCAGAUAUGCAGAGACUUGGUCUGGGUCGAGUCGUGCCUGCCCCUGAACCACAAGGUGCUGCAUGAGAUCCAUGAAUACCGCAAAGAUUGGGCCCUUUCUGCAGACUGGCUGCGCGAGAGGUGUCUGUCGAACGUUGACGGUGCCUAUAAGAUGUUUUUGCAGACCCGGCAAGACCAAUCACAGGCAGGAGCAAUUGGAAGCAGAAUGCCAGGAGACAGCAAGAGCAUCGGCACUAACACUCAGGACAACAAGAAGCAUCUGGAAGUUGUCGACCGUAAGAUGAUGGAGACCUUCCAAAUGUUGGUAGCGGAGAGCCAUGACGGUCUGAUGCUUCUGGAUACCUAUGGCGAUGCAGCACUGACACCCAGCAUGAUCCAACAGAGAACAUUCCGUUCUAUAUUCUCGCGAGUCGAUCGCUGGAUGUUUGAUCGAUGCAAGAUCGAGUUUUGGUUGCUGCUGGAUAAUGUCAUGAUAGAGCGCGCAACCCGAGAAAAGCGCACUGUCGGGGACAGAAAUUCCAAGGAUGGCACUGCUCAGGGCUCGACUCCAUCAUCCGGCGCUGCAUCAAUAACCUCGGACGGACUAAUGAUGAUGGAGGGCGUGACCAUGACCUUGGGCACCGGAGCUUCUUCUCAGGUGACGAAUUCGAUGGGUCUAUCAGACACAGGGGUCGAUGGCGGUGGAAACGGAGCGGCGGGCGACUCACUUCAGCAGCUGAUCCACAUCUUUUUCCAAGAAUUUGUCCUCUCGGAGACCGUGGACAAGGAGCUUCUGGGACGAAUGCUUGUCGGUAUGAGGAGCGAUGCCGUCGAGGAGUUUAUUCGGUAUGGAUACGGCAUCCUGGCUGGAAAUCCCAACGUUUUCUUUCCCUACAACGUCAUGAUUCUGCAGCGACCCGUCAGCAGCGCAGACUAUGUUCAGAUCGCGAGCAACUUCCAUUAUGUGAUGGAGAUCCUGAUGAAGGAAGGUCAACCACCACUGUCGUUGGUCACAGAGGAACUAUUGUCAAGUCAGACAUCUGCCGCAAGUGCAACGCCAUUAGCCUCGACACCCAGUAGCUCACAGCCAACAAAUACCAACAACAACAUGACAGCGUCAGUAUUGCAGGGUUUGGAUGCUAUCCAACUUGAAAAUAGGAUUGAAUUUGCGAAGAGCCUUCUGUGGCAACUCAAAAAAUUCGAGGAUAGGAUCCGAUACUUUGACGUGAUGCAUGCCAUCGGGUGCUCGUAUGAGGAAGCGUCCAAGGUCGUGCAGGACAGCGAAUCGGGAGGGAGAGACAUGGAGGAUUUAUUGCUCAAUGCGUCACUGCAGCGCCAUCACUUUACCCAAAGCCAUCCGCACCUGAUGAACGAGAGCACGGCCCCAUAUCAACAACAGCAAUUCCAGUCCUCUGGGGACCCGCCAAUCCAGUUGGUCGAUCUUCGGACAUCGCUCUGCCUGAGACUUCGACUUCUGGUCCCGCUGCUGCCUGUGAUCCUGCAGCAUCCAUCCUCAACAGCAUGUGAUCUGACGACCUAUGUUAUUCGCCUGACCAACCUCCUUGUCUCUUCAAUCAUUCACGGUCAGGGCUCAGAGGAACGACUGUUUGAAUUCUGUCUGGACAUGGUUUCGUGUUUGAUGGACGAAGUCCUUCUGCUUAGUGGUGGUUUGAGUGGAGGAGGGGCAGAUUCCAAGGCGAUGAGAAACGAUAUCUUAAACCAGUUGCGAACAGGAUUACCCCAGAUGACCAGCUCGAUUCCUACUGUUUUCGCGAGUAGGAUUUUCAGAAUCUUGCCUUUUCAGCAACACAACGUUUACUUCACAGGCCUCCGUACAUCUGGAGAUCCAGGAACGAAGGGAGCCAAGGAAAUCCAGCCAAGGCCAUGGGAUUGGCUCGAGGACUGCGUCGGAGAUGUGGAUCAGAACCCCCAUCAGCAGCUGCACCAACACCAGCAGCCUUCCCAAAGCCCUGCUCUUGGUUUGGGACUCUCGGAUUCCGGAUUAUCCACCUCCACCGGACUUGUCAAUGGAGACAGCAGUGGCACGGCAGGCUCUUCGUCUUCACUUUCUGGACCGUCUUUAUCGACCUCCUCUUCAUCCGCCAACGACAAUGCGAACGACACUUCAAUUUCUCUCACCCUCUUCGGCGCAAAACAGAUCCGGAGGCCUACAGACAGGACAACGUACGAGACGCAGUUCAAGUUGGGUCAUGGUGGCGGCGAUGACGAACAAGAGUUGAUCUUAGUUGAGGAGCAGCGGAGACCGUGCGAAUACGAUCACUCACACCAGCAGCAACUGUUGAUGCUACACCACCAGCAGAAGCAGGAGCAACUAAUGAUGCAACAGCUGCAGCUGCAUCAACAGCAGCAACAGAAACAGCAGGCUGAGGUCCUGAUGGGAACAGAUACUGGUCUAAGCACUGCAAUGUCAUCAGGCGGUAGUGCUGGUAAUAUGAUGGACAUGGACUUGUUCGGACCCGACUCAUCGGAGAGGAUAGCGCAAUCUAGAUCGGUGUCGUCUUUGUCACGACAGCAGGAGCCAGAUCCGGAGCUGGAAGAAGGACAGAUCUUGAACGACGAGGAUUUGGAUGUGAACUCGAUGGCAUGGGAUAGCAGCUUGAAUAGCGGGAGCAACAACAUUCCGAUUCAGCCGAUUCAGCAGACGGCAGAUACAGUAGCUACGGCAAUCGUCAUAGAGGAUGGUGAAGUUGUUGAAAAGAAGGAGGAAAAUCAAUCAAGCGACGCAGGUGAUUUACUAAAGGCGGGUAUCGCUUCAGUUGCUGCAGUUACGCCUUUGGCUGUUCCUGCCACAUCUACCCCAGCUGCACCAGUGACAACUGCAGCUGUAACGGCGUCUAGUAAGAAGAAGACUGCUGCAACGACGGCGACCAAGCCUGCUAAAGGAGUGGUGGCAACCACUAAGACAUCCCGUGGAGGCAAGACCAACCGUGCAGGAAAGGGCAUCAAAGCUACACAAGCUACUGCGGAGGCCACUGCCAGUACGACAAUGACGACGACCCCAGCCUCUUCCGUCUCCUCUGCUAUGUCAGCGACAACUGCAGCAGACAUGGUUGCUCCUUUGAUUCAGCCCAUGGCGACCUCUGCAUCGUUGCCUCAAGUAUCUCAGCAGUCUCAACAAAUAACUGGACUACCGUUUCAGACGCAGCAACAAUCACAGCAGUUUCACCCAUUCCCACCACAGGGCCUCCAGAACCAGAUGCGGACAGUGGGAGGUAUGCAGCAACCCAUACCGAUGUCAAUUGCGUUCCCUCCGCAAGGACAGCCUGGUGGCCCCGGCGUGCUGACGAGCCAUCAGCUCAUGAACAUUAUGCGCCAAAACCAGAACGCUGCGAUGGCAGCCGCUGCAGCAGCUGCUGCAAAUAACCCAAACGGUGGCCCUGGGAUGGGGAACAUGACAUCGACGACGACUAUUGGAGGCAUACACGUCCCGUUCUUGAAUGGCCAGCAGCACCAGCAACAGCAAACGGCGCAACAGGCUCAGCAGAAUCAGCAGAACCAGUUCAUGGAUCCGUCAGCGUUCUUGAACAAUGGCAACAAUGGAGGACUUGGAUUUGGACCCGGAAAUCCGAUGAAUAUUCAUUUAGGCCACUUGAACAAUAACAACAAUAACAGCGGUGGAGGAGGUAAUGGAGGCAACAAUGGGAAUAAUGGCAAUACUGGUAGUAAUGGCGCCGGGUGGUAGGGACAAGCAAGCAAGGAAAUUGAAAGACUCUGGAUCUUUUUUUUUUUUUUCUUUUUGAAGAUUUUGCCUGUACAUUUACAAAUAGACGAGGAGGGAGAGUAGUGUCUAUCGAGGUGUAUAUAGUAGCUUUUACCUGUAAAUCAUAAAAACAAAUUCUUGGGUUUUUGAC